AUGGACCUUAAACAGAUAACAAAGAUAAAAAGAGUAGCGACCCAAGGCCGACCAGAUUCCAACCAAUGGGUCAAGUCUUACCGACUCGAGUACAGCUAUGAUAAUGGCUAUUACCAGCCGUACAGCAACGGCAAGAGCAUGCCGGGAAAUACAAACAGAGAUGAUGAACACGUCAACAUUCUCCAGCCAGUCAUAAUCACCCGUUACAUCCGGGUAUGCCCCAUGCAAUAUCAGAGCCACAUUGCAAUGCGGGUGGAGAUAUAUGGAUGCCAUGAAGGUUUUCAAGUUUCUGAACCUCCACAAUGUCAGUCGAAAAUCGACAUGAAAGAUAAUCAAAUGACAGCCUCGUCGGAGUACAACUCGGCCUCUAAGCCACAGAAUGCCCGUUUACACUUUAAUGCACAGUCGGGUAGAUACGGGGGUUGGGUGGCUCUCGUGAAUGAUAUGUACCAGUUCCUUCAAGUUGAUCUCGGCCACGUAACAAAGGUAACCCGCGUAUCUGCACAAGGUCGCCAAGGCACAAGUCAGUGGGGGACACAAUACAGUCUGGAAUACAGCUUGGAUGACGCAGUCUUCAUACCCUACAGUGGAGUCAACGAAAAACUGAAGGUAGCGAGUUAG